GGCGUCGUUUGCUUACAACCAUCGCUGUGUUCUUGUUUCGCCCUUUGCUAUGAGUGCUGACACUCAAAGUAUCUCUCUCAAUGGACUCGUACGCUCACUUACUCGAAAGGACCCGAGUGCUGCAACCUUCCCUCCAGAAGUUCGCGGUUAUUUCGAUAUUCUCGAAGCUCCGGUCUGCCCCGAAGUACCUAGACACCGAAUCUGAACCGGGAAGAGAGGCUAUCUCUCAGUGCCUCCACUCGCCCUCCCCGGCCGUCGUGGAUCAAUCGGUUCGCGAGCUAUGCCGUCUCGUCACCGACUCCCAAAUGGACAUCUCUCGCGGGUUGCUGGAGCUCCAGUCCGCUCUCGAAGGAUCCGACCCGAAAUUCUCCGGACUUUUCGUCAAAGCGCUUGGGUUUCUGGUUCGAUUCGGGUUUCAGAAGCACAAUGGCUCUUGGAGAUUUGCUUCCGCGGAGACCCACCCGUUUGUCAAGAUUCUCUUGUGCCGAUCGGAGGUUCAGUCUGAGCUCAUGCAGCAAGUAUUACUGUUUAUGGCCCAGAAUAAGCAGUUGGGAAUGGUGGAGGUUUGCGAAUUCUUAAGACCCUUUUUAAACUAUUCGAUUCUGAGGAUACCCUUUUCGGAUUCGUCAUCCUCUUUAUUUGCGAGGCAUUUAAUAUCAUCGAUGGGAUCUCUUUGUUGCUUGUUCCCUGACGAUGCAAUGCAAGUUCUUGAGUUGCUAAGGGAAUGCAUCAAGUAUCUUGCACGCAGAAAUUUGGAAGAUUUUAGGAAUUUUACGUACAUUGUGGAAUGUACGGUGGACGCAUAUAUCGUGGUGUUGAGAAAUUUGGCUGGAAGGGGACUGCGGCUGAUGAAUAAAGCUCAACUAUGCGGUGUGGAACUGUCAGGGACUGUUCUUUCUUUAUGUACGUGUGAUCAUAAGCACUCUGGUGGGAAUGAGCCUAUAGUUGAACUGGUGAAGCGCUUAAUGUUUGUCCAGAAAGAUCUUGGGUUGCAAUAUGUGCCUGAAUUAUCAUCAAGUGUGCUAUCCUUAUUUGUUAUCCUCGUUCAGUCUGAGCUUGAACAUGAUCAACUUUCUAUAUUGAAGUUUUUUCACUUCCUCCUAGAGUGGAAAUAUGAAAAUGAAUAUGAUAUUGGAAAAACUGCUUCUGCUCUGAGUGAAGAGCUUUUAUUCAUAUUUCCUGUCAUCAGCCUUAUGUCAUCUCCUUCUAAAUGCGUCAAAGGGGCAGCAACUGAUUUACUUGUCACAUUAGAAAAGCUUUUAGUAAAAAUGUCAGUGGCACCGAAGAAUGAACAGGCAAUGGAAGGGGGAUUUCCAUCUCUCAGUACACCUGGAAGUGUAGCUUUUAGGCUUUUGCAACAUUUAUGGUUUCAGGAACAGUUUUCAAUAUCCAGUUUCUUGUUCUUAAAUUUUGCUUCUACUUGUAAAGCUGAUGGCAAAGAAAUGCUUAAUUUACCAAGAUCUUGGGCUUCUCAACUAAAACAAUACUCUUUAUGGAUCGUUGACAGACAAAAAUCUUCCCUACAUCUCUCUCGAUCUCAAGAAUUGUUUGUAACAGAAAUGCCCUUGUUGCUCAGUGCUGUGGCUGGUGUUUUGGUGAUGCAUCAGUCACUAGGGAGUGCUGCUCUAGAUUCUUUGGCUGCUAUUGGCGUUAUGGAUGCUAAACUGGGAGUUCCAUUAUUGUUAGCAAUUCUAUUUUACAGUAACUUAUUCACCAGGAAUGAUAUUACAAGCCAUAAUAUGUUGCUAAAGAUUUUGGGAAUGCUUCCAUCACUUGCCUCACAUUCUGUGAUGAUUCCACUCAUAGUUCAAACUAUCUUGCCAAUGCUUCACAAGGACGCAAAACCAACAUUAUAUGCUACAGCCACUCGUUUGCUUUGUCAAACCUGGGAGACCAAUGACCGUGCCUUUGGAAGUUUGCAAGGUGUGCUACUUCCAAAAGGGUUUACCGAAUUCGUAUCUGAGAGAAAUAUUUGUAUCAGUAUCGCUGCUUCCAUUCGGGAUGUUUGCAGAAGAAACCCUGAUAGGGGUGUUGACCUUAUCAUGUCUGUUUCGGCUUGCAUUAAGAGCCGAGAUCCUAUGAUUCAUGCUCUUGGUUUUCAAAGUCUUGCUCACCUUUGUGAAGCUGAUGUAAUUGAUUUUUAUACGGCCUGGGAAGUUGUUGCGAAGGAUUUGCUAGAUUAUUCUGCUGACCCAGUUCUUGCACAUAGCAUUUGCCUUCUGCUAAGGUGGGGUGCAAUGGAUGCUGAAGCAUACUCAGAAGCUUCAUCAAAUGUUUUGCAGAUUUUAUGGGGCAUUAUAGGUUCCUCUAAUCACGCUGAUCAUGGGUUACAAUGGGCAAAGGCAAGGACCUCUGGUUUUGAGGCCUUGAUCCAAUAUGAGGUAUCACAUAUUGAUAAAUAUAUUCCAGAAUUCAAGAAAAGAACCACAGAGUUGCUUUUUUCUGAGACCAACACCAAUGUACUCAAGGCUAUGGAAGAAUUUCAAGUCAAGAUCAUAAAAUACGAGCACAGCACUCGGCGAAGAUUGGUCAAGGAGAAAAAAGUCGCAGGAAGUAAGAUUGAGAAGCUGCUGGAUGUAUUUCCCCAGGUUAUCUUCUCUUCAGAGGAAAGAAGUAAUGCCAGAGAAUUACCUGGUGCAGCUCUGUUAUGUCUUUCCUUCACUCCUAAAGAUGUGGACAACCGAGGGGCAUCGAGAGGAUUACAAGAUCCACAUUCUGGAUACGAGAAUGCAAUGGUGGAAAUAGCGGCAUCUCUUCAGCUAUCAAGAAAUAUUUUUGUUGCACUUCUUUCGCUGCAGUCAUGGAAACCCUUCAUUCGACGUUGGAUGAGAGCUGAUAUCUUGUAUUUUGAUGCUAAAUCACCUCACAGCGUCUUGGAUAAAUCUUCUAAAGCUGCUAAUAAUAUUCUUAAGAGUAUGAUACAUAUGGCAGAAGAAGCUAUCCCUAGAUCUUCUGAAAAUAUUGCACUAGCCAUUGGUGCACUUUGUUUGGUGUUGCCUCCAUCUGCCCAUAGUGUUAAAUCAACUGCUUCAGAGUUCCUGUUGAAUUGGUUGUUCCAUCAUGAACAUGAACACCGCCAAUGGUCAGCUGCAAUUUCUCUUGGAUUAAACUCAAGUUGCCUACAUGUAACUGAUCAUAAGCAGAAAUUUCAGAUCAUCAGUGGACUUGUUGAGGUUUUAGGUAGUGGCAGAAGCACCCUUGUCAAAGGAGCAUGUGGCGUUGGCUUGGGUUUUGCAUGCCAAGAUCUUCUUACAAGGGUUGAAGCUGCUGAUAACUCUGACUUGGACAAAGAAACCAUAAAGAUGAAGGAAGAGGACUUACUAGGAACAAUACUAAGAGCCCUAUCUCUAAUGAUUUCUAACCUCACUCAAUCUUCAUCGGAUAUCUUGGACAGUAUCUGUGCAUAUUUCACAUCAGACAAAUAUGAUCUUGAUUCUAUUAGAACUGCUGACCUGCCACGUGAGAACUGUGAUGACCUGGAGGAAGAUAUCUGGGGUGUUGCUGGACUUGUUCUUGGUUUGGCAAGCUCUGUUGGUGCGGUAUACAGAGCUGGUGCACAUGAUGCUGUGAUCAAGAUAAAAGGCUUAAUCAUAUCAUGGAUUCCACAUGUGAACACUCUAGUUCAUAAUUAUGGUUCUUGCAGUGAAGGUCCUGAGAUUGUAUUGGCAGUAGGAUCCUGUCUUGCACUUCCUAUUGUAGUUGCUUUCUGCCAGAGAGUAGAACUGAUCAAUGAUGAUGAACUAGAUCAUCUAGUGAAUGGCUAUAGGGAGCUCAUUUCUGAGUUAGUUUCUGUUAAAAAAUCAGGCAGUUUUCAUCAGAGUUUGUUGAUGGCAUCAUGCGUUGGUGCUGGAAGCCUCCUUGCCUGUAUUUUGAAUGAAGGGGUGCAUUCUAUUGAAGUUGAAUGUGUCAAAGAUUUACUAGAAUUGUUUAAAAAAUGUUAUUCCAAUCCUUACCCGCCUCUCAUCCAUUUGGGUGGAUUGCUUGGAGUUGUUAAUGCUAUAGGAGCAGGUGCUGGGAUUUUGGUUCAUGUGCAUCCUCUAACAAUGCAGACUGGUUAUGAGCGAAAGGAAUCUCGUUAUCUCAGGGGUCCUCUACUUUCAAGCCCUGUUUGUGAGCCGAAUAUUACAUCAUUGAUGCAAGAGAUAUUUCUUGUUGCCCAGAAUUCUGAUGACCAUCAGCUGCAACAGUAUGCAGCAUGGGCGGUUUCAUUUCUUCGACAUCAUUUGUGGUCCAACAAACCUCUGAACAUUGACAAUAGUAUCAAGACUAAUGCAGAAGGUUCAAGAUCUGUCUCUCAAAGUUUUUCUGAGGACAGUGUAGUUAUGAGGCUCUGUUUGUGGUUAAUGCAUCUGAGUGUUUCUGAGACAGGUACUGUUGCACAUGUUGGCACUAUAGUUACUGUGUUAAGGUGCCUUUCACGUGCUCCUAGGCUGCCGGUCUUGGAUUGGGGUGCAAUCAUAAGACGCUGCAUGAGAUAUGAGGCUCAAGUUGAUGAGUUGUUCCCAUCAGAUUCAGCUCUCGAAAAAGGAAUCCUCAGGGAGGAAUGUUUGCAGUUUUCAUUAGCUCAUGCAAACCAAUUUGAUCCACUCUUAACUUUCCUCGAUGAGCUCUCUGACCUGUCCCGGUUUAGGGCACUUGAGCUGAAUCUGCAAUCAUAUCUGCUUGUUCAUCUGGCAGACCUGAUAAAAGUAUUCUCGGGUUCCAGGCUUGAGAAACUUUUCAAUGAUGUAGUUCUCUACUUGUCCUCGGUUACUUCAAUGUUACGGAUUUCAUGUUGGAAGGGUCUCUGUCAGUGCCUAGAUGAAGCUACUCUUGACUCUGUAGACUACACAUCCCACAUUGAAAGGUGCAUGGAGGUGCUGUUUUCCUUGUUGCCAGUAUUGGGAUCUGCCACCGUCAUAGAAGUGGAUCAGCUGAGUUCUGUGGAGGAGUGGUCUGAGGCUGUUAGAUGCUUAGGGAAGGCUCAGCGGGGUUGGCUACUGGAUUUUCUGCAGGUCUCACGAGAGGCCCUAGUACAAGGAGAUGGUCAGUUUAUUGAAGUAGUGAAAAAGAUUCAAGCCAAAGCCAAGCUAGUUAGGAUCGGUUCCCUCCCAUUGACUGAGCUGGGAAGACUAAAAGCUUAUAUAUUGAACUCUGAAUCACGUGGUGUCUGGGAUGUGCUCGUUGAAGUUGUAGCAGCUCUACAACAUGCAGAGGGAAGUGUCAAAAGACAGUGGGUUGUCAACGCAGCGGAAAUUAGCUGUAUAUCAAGUUAUCCUUCUACGGCGCUGCAGUUUCUUGGUCUGCUAUGUGGUAGCUGCUGCAAAUAUAUGCCUCUUCUGAUCGUGGACCGACUUACUGUGUUGAGUGAUCUACCAGUUACCCUCACUUCCCUUUUGUCAGACCCCAGUUGGGAUGGUGUUGCAGAAUCCAUUGUUUCUAAUCUCUGGGCAUCGCUGGGACGCAUUUACGAUUGGGCUACGCAUAAAGUACGCAGUGAUGACACGCCCGGCAUACAGGCUAUUGAUGAAAGUGAUAAUGGUAUGGCUGUGUUUCUAUUUCGUGUCUUGCAUUGUGCUUGUCUAUCUUUAAAAGACCACUUGCCUCUUGAGAAACAGCUGAAGCUUGCGGACAUGGUCAUCACUUAAUGAGCACUUAUCUCUGAAAAUGUGGCUUUCGGAUGAGCUCAAAACCAGAAUCUUAGAGGCAUUUUUGGUUUUUCUCUUUGACAUGGUCAAUUUGUGGCCUGCUAAAUUUUUAGAAAUAACUUCCAUUUUGUGAACUUCAAAGAAUGAUAGAAAAAGAAAUCUUGUAUAUAUUUUGGAGUAAUGCUAGAAGUUUCUUUUGUGUC